GCGGCUGUUGCGCCUUCCUCGCCCACCGCCUGCGCUCGGCGGAGCAGCCUUUCCACGAGUAACCCGCCUCGAUCGUCCACCGCUGGAAGUUUCCAGAGGGCGUUUUCUUUGGUCACCAAAGCCUCCUGACUUGGAGGAGCAGGAUUUCUGAAAAGACAGUGCAGUGGAUUUGAUGAUUAACCACUUCCGAAAUGGCUGAAAAAGAGGAGAGCUUGAGGAAGUAUUGAUGGCUUCCUACCCCCUUUCCACUUUAUCCUCACAGCAGUUCUUUGAGGUGAGGGAGAGACGGCACCUGGCCCAAGGUUCACAGGGAGGCCUUAAAUCAUGCAGCUGGACACUGAAAAUGGUGGCGGUGAUUGCCAGUGGAUUUCUGCUCCUUGCUGGGAUUGGAGCUGGAAUCUGGGCUAUAGUCAUGUCGGUGCUUGGAGGUGAGGGGGAAAGCCUGUACAUCGUUCAGGUGAAUCAGGGGGACCUGCGGCUCACUAUCUACGAUGAGAACGAAGGGAAAUGGAGACUCUUCUGCUCCUCCUCCUCUGAUGCCCAGGUGGCAGCCCUCAGUUGUGAAGAGAUGGGGUUUGUCAGGUCCCUCUCCCAUUCCGUGCUUUCCGCUGGCAGUGCGGGAGCCAACGGAACAUCAGGCUAUUUUUGCGUGGAUGAAUCUCGGUUACAAUUUGCUCGGAGGCUGAGCGAGGCCAUUGUUGUGUGUGAAUGUCCAACGGGCCAAUUCCUAGCAACACUUUGCCAAGACUGUGGGCGCCGAAAGUUGUCCAUGGACCGGAUUGUAGGGGGCCAAGAUGCGAGCUUGGGUAAAUGGCCAUGGCAAGUCAGCCUGCGCUAUGAUGGGACACACCUUUGUGGUGGCUCCAUCAUCUCGAAUGAGUGGGUUAUCACAGCUGCGCACUGCUUCCCAGAGAGGAACAGAAUGGUGAGCCGGUGGCGGGUGUUCGCAGGGGCGGUUUCUCGGUCUUCCACUAAAGGUGUUCAGGUGGGAGUGGUGAGCGCCAUCUAUCACAGCGGGUACCUGCCCUUCCAGGAUCCCAACAGUGAGGAGAACAGCAACGACAUUGCCCUGAUGCACCUGGUGACACCUCUUUCCUUCAAUGAAUAUAUCCAGCCCAUCUGUCUUCCAGCUCUGGGUCAGCCUCUUGUGGACGGGAAACUUUGCACAGUGACUGGCUGGGGCAACACAGAGUACUAUGGCCAACAGUCAGAUAUACUACAGGAGGCCGCUGUGCCCAUCAUCAGCACCAGUGUCUGCAACAGCCCCGAGUACUAUGACAAUCAGAUCAAGCCCCGGAUGUUCUGUGCUGGGUUCGCCGCUGGUGGCACAGAUGCCUGUCAGGGUGACAGUGGUGGCCCCUUUGUGUGCGAGGAUAGCAUCUCACGGACUUCACGUUGGCGGCUUUGUGGCAUUGUGAGUUGGGGCACUGGUUGUGCCCUGGCCAGUAAGCCAGGUGUUUACACUAAGGUCAAUGACUUCCAUGGAUGGAUCGUCCAGGUCAUGAAGACUUAUUCCCAUGUCAGCGGGACAGUGACGCAGCACUGAAGCUGCAGGAAGUGCCACACAGAGCCAUAUCCUUGCCAACCUCCUUCUCUCCUAGCAAGGAGAUGCUGCUUUAAAAGAAAAGGGGAGGGAGAGAAAUCCCCACAGAGAGACACAGGGAUUUCGAAAAAGAACAAGUCUUUCCACAUCGGGACUCUGUACUUUGGACUGGCCUCGCAUUAUGGAAGUGGACCAGAGAAUCCCUUGCCAAUUUCCUGCAGCUGCUGGUGCUUUGCCGUUUUAGCAAGGGUGCUUCUGGACCUUUUUUUUUGCUCUUUAUCAAAGCAUGACUUUUCACCCUGCUCUUUAGGGCAGCUGGGAGCAUCUGAACGCGGGGUGGCUGCCGAUGCUGCAGUUGCUGUAGUUCAUGUCCAAAUCAAAUGCCUCUUGGUCAACAGGCAUGGAUGUACUUGAAAUUAAGGGGUUCUAGGAACAUGCGAUGAAAGUAUUGAAUUCUGACAAGUCAUGCCUCCAAAGCUGAAGACACACACUCUGAACUUCUUACUGAAGUUUAAAUUUGUGCAAAACUGUCUUUGCAGAUCUAAUUUUGUCUGAGCCAGGAAGUUAAUUGUCACAAUAGUUUUUCUCAUCACCUAUAGACUCGUUUGGAGACUUCAGUUGUCAGGUGGUGGUGUCCGAAUUUCUCCUGAUCUCUUUGUCUGCACUUUGGGGUGGUGGGUGACAGCCUGUGAGCAGGCUGCACCCCAGUCUGGAAUUUUUGUUGUUAUGUACCGUCAGAUUGCUUCCAAUGAAUGGCAGCCCUGUGAAUGAACAAUCUCCAAAAUGCCCUGUCCUCAACAGCCCUGCUCAGCUCUUGCAAACCCAAGCCUGUGGCUUCUU